CAUCCCGCCGCCUCCUCUCCAUCCGACUCGAUUCAUCGUCAUCUCCACACCAAGAAACAUCAAACAGAGCUCAGAAGAAGAAGCAGCAGCAGCAUUAGCGCAGGGAUAUCUCAUAUCUAUCUACACAUGGCGUCGCAGCAGCAGCAGCAGCAGCAGCAGCAGAGGCAGAUGCAGGCGGGCGCGGUGGAUUUCGAGGACUACCUGCCGGUGAUGGCGGAGCGGCUGGGCGAUGAGGGGCUGAUGCAGGAGCUGGCGAGCGGUUUCCGCCUGCUCAUGGACCCGGCGCGCGGGCUCAUCACCUUCGACAGCCUGCGCCGCAACGCGCCGCUUCUGGGGCUGGGCGGCAUGUCCGACGACGACCUCCGCGGGAUGCUCGCCGAGGGGGACUUCGACGGCGACGGCGCGCUCAGCGAGAAGGAGUUCUGCGUGCUCAUGGUCAGGCUCAGCCCCGAGCUCAUGGACGAGCCGCGCCGCUGGCUCGACGACGCCGUCGCCCAGGCCUCGCAGUUCCUCUUCACCAGCUAGAGCCUAGAGAUCACCGAUCGGCGAUUCGACAUGGAUAGGAAUUUUUAAUCUUCUUUUCUUUUUCAUUCUUCUUCCCGUUGUUCAUAGCAUCAGGAUUCAGGAAGGGACUGCUGAUUGGUCGAUGGAUUCUUCUUCGCAGUGGAAUCUGAAAUUAAUCAACAUGCUUCUUCUUUUGACCACCACACAUACAUACAGAGUCCAUUGUCUCUGCUUC